AUGAGCCACCUCUUCGGUCCCCGGCUGCCGGCGCUGGCAGCCUCGCCCAUGCUCUAUCUUUACGGCCCCGAGAGACCCGCGCUGCCGCUGGCCUUCGCCCCCGCGGCCGCCCUGGCUGCCUCGGGCCGCACCGAGCCCCCGCAGAAGCCGCCCUACAGCUACAUCGCGCUCAUUGCCAUGGCCAUUCAGGACGCGCCCCAGCAGAGGGUCACGCUGAACGGCAUCUACCAGUUCAUCAUGGAGCGCUUCCCCUUCUACCACGACAACCGGCAGGGCUGGCAGAACAGCAUCCGCCACAACCUCUCGCUCAACGACUGCUUCGUCAAGGUGCCCCGCGAGAAAGGGCGCCCGGGCAAGGGCAGUUACUGGACGCUGGACCCUCGCUGCCUGGACAUGUUCGAGAACGGCAACUACCGGCGCCGAAAGAGGAAGCCCAAGCCGGGCCCCAGCGCCCCGGAGGCCAAGCGGGCGCGCAGCGAGGCACCGGAGCAGGGGGUGGAGGCGCGCCCGGAGGUGGGCAGCCGGGCUGGGCUCUCGCGCGCCGCGAGCCCUCGCCUCGGGAGAGCGCCCCUGCGCCCUGCGCCCCUUGCGGAAGGCCCUUCUCCGGACGCCGGCGACGCUGUCCGGGGCGCUGCGGCGGGGGCCAUCGGCCAGCCCGCGCGCUCGGUGGACGGCCCUGGGUCCCCCGUGCGCCCUGCCUCGCAAGGCUCUCCGAAGAGCUCCGGCAGGUCCAAGAGCUUCAGCAUAGACAGCAUCCUGGCAGCGAGGCAGGACCAGAGGCCGGCGGCGGGGGGAGGGGGCGGCGAGGUCCCCGGGGGCUCCAAGCUGGGCCCGAGCAGCAGCCCGGGGGCCCCGCUGCUGGCCACUUCCUGCAGCCUCCGACCGCCCUUCAACGCUUCCCUGAUGCUCGACCCGCACGUCCAGGGCGGCUUUUACCAGCUUGGGAUCCCCUUUCUUUCCUAUUUCCCUCUGCAACUCCCGGACGGGCUGCUGCGUUUCCAGUAA